AUAUGGAUCGUAAUGUUUUAAUUCUGAACUUUAAUUCACCUGUUGCAGAUGUGCACGUGAUAUGAAUGAAAUAUAUAACGGGUGAUACCUCUCACGACUGACAAGUGUUGCUCCACCAUAACCUAACGGUAACAUCCUUAUCAACAGCAUGUCAAUUAUCUGAUAAUUGUCAGGAUGGUAUACUUUUGAAAAAAAUGAUGCUUACUCGCCGCAAGUUUUUGCUGAAACUGUCAUUUUGCACGUUAUACAUAAUCGGCAUUUUAAUCAUUGCUAAACAAUUUUUUCGUACCAAUGACAACUCCAGGAUUUCUAAAGAAUCUGGAUAUCUAAAAAGUAGCAAUAACUCACAGACACAGAAAGAUGUGGACGUUGCGAUACAGAGGUUACAGAAAGAGAGGUAUGAGCAACAAAUAUCAAAAUUUGAACAUGAUAUUGUACCUGAUCUUGGGAACAAUGGAGAACCUGCUUAUUUAUAUGGAAGAGAGAAGAUUCUAGGUGAAGCAGCACUUGCAAAAAAAGCAUUGAAUGUCAUUCUCUCAAAUAAGAUAUCAUUAACCAGAAAAUUACCAGAUGUACGCAACCCGCUUUGUGCGAAUGUUACAUAUGACAAAUUAUUACCAAGUGCUAGUAUAAUAAUUAUUUUUUAUAAUGAACCUUGGAGUGUUCUAUUACGCACAGUACAUAGUGUUUUGAAGGGUUCUCCACCUAACUUAUUAAAAGAAAUUAUUUUAGUGGAUGAUCAUAGUGAAGAAGAAGAGCUUCAGGGGCAAUUGGAUUAUUAUCUUUCGACACGUUUACCUGCCAAAGUAAAGCUACUGAGAUUACCAUAUAGACAAGGAUUGAUACGGGCUCGUCUUCAUGGAGCUAAAAAUGCUGUAGGCGAUGUUCUUGUCUUCCUGGACGCACAUUGUGAAGUUAUUAAAGACUGGUUACAGCCUUUGCUACAACGAAUAAAGGAUAAUAAAAAUGCUGUACUAAUGCCAAUAAUUGAUAACAUUUCUGAGGAGACAUUAGAAUACUUCCACGAUAAUGAAGCAUUUUUUUUUCAAGUUGGUGGUUUUACAUGGUCGGGACAUUUCACGUGGAUAACUAUUCAGAAACAUGAAGUUGAAUCGCGUUUCUCUCCUAUAUCACCAACUAGAUCUCCUACUAUGGCAGGCGGUCUAUUUGCUAUUAAUAGAAAAUACUUUUGGGAAAUCGGUAGUUACGACGAUAAGAUGGAUGGUUGGGGAGGCGAAAACUUGGAAAUAUCUUUCCGAAUUUGGCAAUGCGGUGGUACAUUAGAAAUAAUUCCUUGCUCUCGGGUUGGCCAUAUAUUUCGAAACUUUCAUCCAUAUAAAUUUCCAAACGAUAAAGAUACUCACGGAAUAAAUACUGCCCGUUUAGCAUUUGUAUGGAUGGAUGAAUAUAAAAGAUUAUUUUUACUUCAUCGUAGUGAAUUCAAGGACAAUCCAGAACUCAUUGGUGAUAUAAGUGAACGUUUGAAAUUACGGAAAAAGCUCAAGUGUAAAAGUUUUAAGUGGUAUCUUAAUAAUGUUUAUCCAGAAAAAUUUAUCCCUGAUGAAAAUGCAAUAGCUUAUGGUCGUGUCAGAUUGCGCAAUAGACGAUUGUGUUUAGACAAUCUGCAACAUGAUGAUGAUAAACCGUAUAAUUUAGGUUUAUAUAAUUGUCAUACUAAGCUAUAUCCAAGUCAGUUUUUCUCAUUGAGCAAGUCUGGUGAAUUACGGAGAGAAGAGACAUGUGGAAGAAUAUUGGAUACUGAUUCAGGACCGUAUGCACAAAUUGAAAUGUCUGACUGCAGCAAUGAGAAAGGUGGAAAGGAAUGGAUAAUAACAAAGGAUGGCAGAAUAAUACAUGUAGAAACUGGUUUUUGUCUCGAUGGUUCUAAAUUGCACAGUGAUAAAGAUGUACGAGCAGCUCGCUGCACUGAUGCACCAGAUCAGUUUUGGAAAUUUGAUUUCUACUCUAAUAAAAUGUUAUCUACAUAGCA